UGACAAUGACGGCUUCUAUUUUGACAAACAUGUAGUGACAUGGAAUUUGUCUAUUAACGUAAUAAACUGAAGCAAAUUUGUUUAUUCUUAUUAAAUCUGGAACUAAAUUACAUCAAACAUGGCUAAUUUCAAUAACCCCAACGAUUUUUCAUGGCAGACACAAAAUAGCCAAAAUUACUCUUUUAACACUUCUGCUAACACAUUUGCCGAUCCAGCGCAAACCUUGGACUUUCAGACCUUUCCAACUGAUCAACAAAACUACUCGUUCGACCAGGGUCAGGGUACUAUGACCGCUAACAACAAUCAGUACUACAACUCAAACAUAUUUACCCCAGCGCCGGUACCCGGGGAACCCGUCGGCGAACCUACAGAAUUCGACGAACCGCCACUGCUAGAUGAACUUGAAAUUUACCCUGAUAGAAUACUGGAAAAAACUUUAGCUGUAAUGAACCCAUUCCACGGUCAAUCAAAAGCUGAUGAUGCUAACUUUCUAUUGAGAGAUACAGAUAUUGCUGGACCAAUAGCGUUUUGUUUAGCUCUUGCAGUGUGCCUGUUUCUUGCUGGAAACAAAGCUCACUUUGGAUAUGUUUAUGGACUAUCUGUUAUGUCAGUAAUAUUGAUGUACUGCUUACUAUCUUUGAUGAGUCGCACUGAAGGAGUAUUUACUCUGUUAAGUGUAGCCAGUGUUCUUGGCUAUUGUAUGUUACCCAUGGUUGUAUUAGCUGGGCUGGGUAUAUUUAUAUCCCUUGAAGGAUCUGUAGGACUAAGCUUAUCUGCUAUUGCAGUAAUUUGGUCAGCUCUAUCUGCAAGCAGACUAUUCGUUACAAUGUCAGGUGAUUCUGAACAAAGGCCACUGAUAGCUUAUCCAUGCGCCUUGGUGAAUGGAGUAUUUGCUCUGUUAGUACUCUUUUGAUUUUGAAUGUAAUCUAAUGGGAACAAGAGUAUAAAAUUGUCAGUGGAAUAAGCUUGCUACUGAAAAAAUCUAUUUUGACAAAAGAUUUAUAAUUGUUUGAUUUAAAUAGAGCAUUCUUUAAAAUUAUUCCAUUUAUUUUGUAACCAUGUCAAAUAUAUAGAUUUAAAGUGUAAUAUAAAACAAAAGUAC